AUGAAUAGAUUAUAAAAGACAGUUAGGCAAUUUAAAUAUUUGCAAAAUAGCUUUAAUUCAGUUAUUCAAUUCCGAUUAUAGUAUUUUAGCAACUAGAAUGGUGAUGAAGCUAAUAAAGGAAGUGAAGAUACUUAAACUAAUUUAGAAAAUAAAUAGCAAAAUGAUAAAUUAAAUGAAUUAAAUUUAAAUGAAGCACAAGAAGAUUUCGAAAAUAUAAAAUAACAAAGAUAAUAUCAGAAAAAGGAAUCUAUAAAAUUUCAAUUAUCUGAACAAUAGGACUUUAAAACUGAGAGAGUAGAAAGAACAAAUUAAAAUGAGACUUUCUCUAAAUUUUUGUAAUUAGCUUAAAGUUAAUAAUAUAACAGCAAAGAGUUUUAAGAACUCAAACCUAGUUUGAUACAACUUAUAAAGUCAGAGAAGAAUUGCAAAUAUUUACAUAAAUACAAUAGGAAUUUAAUUCAUUAUCAAUUUUAAGAUAAGGAAUUAGCAAAUGCUUUAGCUGCCUAAUUUUAGCAAGUAAAAAGAACUUUUGAGCAUUUAGAUUUAAGAAGCAUGAUUUCUGUUUGCACCUUUUUUGUAAAUAAGUAGAAUUUGUUGCUAGAAUAAUACUAAAAUUUAUCUGUUUAUAUAGUAGAAACUACUCUACGUAAUAUAAAUAAAUAAGAGGAAACUAGUUUUAACUCUAUUUAGUUCGUUUUCCAUAGUUUGAGCAAGAUUUAUAUCGAAGAUUAUUCUUUAUUUGAUGAAAAUAUGGCUCGCUUUGAAAAAAAUUUCUAAAGUUUUAGUGAUUUCUAAUUUGUUUCUAUUUUAGAAAAAAUUUAUGACAUUUAAAUGAAGUUAAGUAAAAGUUAAAAAUAUCAGAUGGUAAACAGUCAAGUUAAAAAAAGGCUAAGAUUUUUUUUGCAGAACCCUAAUGUUACUCAAAGAAUUCUAUAAAUUACAGAAUCAGAAACUGAUACAAGUUAAUAUGAGCUUUCUAAAAUGUAAGGAGGAGAAAAUAACUAAGCUCAAUCCGUUAUUGCUAAACUAUCAGUUGUACUUUCUAAACUGUUUAGACAAUUAAUCUUUUAAAAUUAGAUUAAUAUUUAAAGCAACGAAGAAGACUUAGAUAGUUUUAAUUAUAAUGAUGUGUAGGAUUUGGAUAUUAUUUAAAAGGAAUAUUCUACUAAAUAUGCAGAAGCAUGGAAAAAAAUUGAAACUUUUACUUUGAAAAAUUAUAAAAUUUUGGAAGAUAAGAAUUUCUAAUAGAUCAUACUUGCAUUGACAUCAACUAGAUAUGGAUCUCUCGAGCUCUACACCAAGCUUUUAGAUGAAUUUUACUAUAGAAUAACCAAUAGACCAAUUGAAAAUAUUGAGAGUUCUUUCUUUUGCAUCGUUUUGAGAUGCUUCUACUCAUCCCGUAUUCAACCUAUAAACUUAGAAAAGUAUGAAAAAGACUUUGCCGAGUUUACUAAAAAAAAGUUACCAAGCUUUUAAAUGUCUAACAAGAUGACAACAAUAGCUUCUUAUAGCUCAAUAGGAGAUGGAGAAAUGGUUGAAUAUAUUAUAUCUUAGAUAACCAAAGAUGAAAUCAGAAUGCUUAAUAAAAAAGGUUAAAAUAUUUUGUUUUGGUCUCUUUGUAAUGUUGGUGUUUUCAAAGAAGAUUUCUUCUAUGACUUUAUGGUCAAAUUAGCUUCUCCAACUGACUUGUAUUACUCUUAAUAUCCCAUAGAUUUGGUACAAGUUACCUAAAUUUUUUAGACUAUUAAAAUCAACUAAAAGUAAUUCUGGAAAAAGCAUGAGUAAAUCUUAGAAAAGAAAUUAGAAGAUUUUUGUGAACUUACCUACACUUACCACACAAUGAAAAUCUAGAGCUAAUCAAAUUAUAGAAAGAAGACAAUAGGCUCAAUAGAUGUAUCAGACUUACUAAAUGCUAUGCAAGUUGAAUUCUAUUUCGAACCUAUCAUUGAAAAAAUAUUCAAUGUUGAUUUUGUUAUUAAAGGUAUUACUGAAGCUAAGUUAGAGGAAUAUAAGAGUAAAAAAAUAGCUCUUGCUACCUAAUUUAGAGAUCUGUCUCUUAAAGAAUACAUUUCUGUGAAAAAAUUUGAUUAAACCCAACAUAAGAUAAAUAAGAAGUAUGAUAUACUAUUAGAAAUAGAUGGUUGCACACAUUUCCUUUCAAAAAAUAUUAAACGUUAAUCAACAAAUUCUAAAAUAGAUACCCUUUAAAAGCUUGGAUAUAAAGUUAUCCAAUUAGAUACUUAUGAAUUAAGGUAGCUCUCUUAAUCCUAAGAUAGAGUCAAAACAGUUGAAUAUCUAAUUUCUAAGAUGGAAGGCUAAGUCAUCAAAAAAUAAAAAAGACGUUCUACUAAAAGCAAAGACGAAGAGGAAAUAGUUGAAGCAGUUUAAUCAAAUUAAGUUGAAAAUUAAUGA